AUGCUUGGUGUGCCAUCCUUGCAAGGUGUGCCAUCCCCACAAGAUGUGCCUUCCUCACAAAGGGUGCCAUCCUCACAAGGUGUGCUGGCCUCGCAAGGUGUGCUGUCCUCGCAAGGUGUGCCGUCCUCGCAAGGUGUGCCGUCCUCGCAAGGUGUGCCAACCUUGCAAGGUGUGCUGUCCUCACAAGGUGUGCUGUCCUCACAAGGUGUGCUGUCCUCACAAGGUGUGCUGUCCUCACAAGGUGUGCUGUCCUCACAAGGUGUCCUGUCCUCGCAAGGUGUGCCAUCCUCGCAAGCAGUGCUGUCCUCUCAGGGAGUGCCAUCCUUGCAAGGAGUGCCAACAUUGCUAGCUGUGCUGUACUCACAUACAAUGCAUGACAAGCCCCCCUUGCAGAGCAAGCUAAGCUCACAUUGUGUGGUUCUACCAUCCCAAGAUGUUCUGACCUCACAUAAUGCGCUGUCCUCAGUAGGGAUGCUGCCCUCAAAUAAAGUGGUGCCCACACUUCACGUUCUGUCCUUCAAUAGAGUCACUUCCUAA